AGCAAGUUCUAUCUACUGUCUUCCUUUCUCCGUUUUAAUCACACAUGAAAGCAACAAGGUGCAACACUGCUGCCAGAACGCUGAGUUUCCCAGAGGGCUUACUUUUGCUAAUACUGGGACGUUCCAAUGAGGUAAGGCUUUGGAAUCAUGCUGUAGGAAAGUUCUCACCACACCACCCACUGUGAGUUUCAGGAGAACUGCUUCUGCCCAGCAAAAGAUUGCUAAAAGGAUAUUUUUUGAAGCCAGACUCCAGAAGAUAAGAUUCAAACCAAUGAUUUCAAAUUACAGGGUGGGAAAAUCUUUCGAUUUUGGUUUCUCUAAGUUUCUCAUUUCUCUGAUCUGAAGUUCAAUUGUCCACAGUGAAGUAUGUGAUUUUUAAAAAAAACAGUCCUCAUGAAAAUUUAUUUUAUUACAAAUUUCUAAAAUUCACAUUUCCUUUCAUGCACUUUUACCCAAUGUGCACAUUUUGGCAGAGCAAGUUCCCCUGAUGUAAUGCAUUUUUGGUAUGUUAUUUUCACUAAUAUAUGCACUUCUGUGCACACUUUACCCUGGCAUAUAAAUUUUAUAUUCGCAGCUUGUCUGGAGAAUGGCAUUACAAAAUUUGAAUUUUGAAGGGUGGAUAUGUUUUGGUUCUCAGAUUGUUUCAGAAAGUGUGAAAUAAGUAGAUUCAUCUUUAAAUGUAACAGAAUAAAAUUUCUCUCCAGUCUCUAGUUUUCACUAAACAUCUCUUAUCAGCUGGGUUCAAAUUUCUUCAGAAGGUGAUUAACGUUCGCAGAAGGUUUUUCAGCAGAGACUAGAUAUGUACCUGUCAGAGAUGCUGUAGCUGUGGGUUUCCUUUACUCUGGGGCAGGGGUAGAUUAUCUUAUAUUUGAGAUGACUUCCAAGUCUAUUGUUCUAUCGCCCUUUGGGCAACUAGUCUGUAUGCCUGCAAAACAGUAGAAAGCAUGAAAUGACUAAUAUAAAUUAUUUUUCUGAAAAGACUUAAAGCUGUUGAUUAGGGAUGGAAAGAUCUCCCAAUUUUGGUUCUAUGCAUAUAUAAAGUUUCCAAUCUGAAAUUUGGUUCUCCACAUUUAGCAUUUUUUUUAUUUUUUUAAAAAACUCAUGAAACUUCACCAGCAUUUUAGUGCAAAUGUCUUCUAAUAAAAACAUUUUCAUAUGCGGUUUUGACUAAUGUCCACAUUUUUGCAAGCAAUUUCCCCUAAUGCAAUGCAUUUUUGUAUGCUAGUCUUACUAAUAUCAACAUGUUUAUGCACAUUUCCCCAUAAAAUAUGCAUUUUUGUAAGCAUUGCUUGCUUGGCGAAUUGCAUCACAAAAUGUGAAUAAUUGCAUAUUUCCAUGGAUAGCUGUGCUUCAGUUCACGUACUGUUUUGGAAAGCACAAAGCUGAUGGAUUUGGCUUCAAAUAUGUACUGAACUGAAUUUCUCCUCUAUUCCUACUGUUAAUUGAUUAGUUGUUUAAUCAUCUGCCUUUUAAACCACCGAUUAGCUGGAUAAGCUUGAAUUGAAUGCAACUUUAACAUAGGUGACAGACUGAGAAAUGACCAUGCUGGUGACAGUGUAAGGUUCUCUUAGGUCUUAACAAAUCAAAGAUGUCACUCUGUGUUUGGAAAACCCUCCUACGACAAUGUAACAGAGCAAAAGAGAAUCCAGAGCUGUCCCUCCAUCCAGUUUAAACUUCAGAUCACGGAUUGGGAACCUGUGGUCCUCCAGAUGUUGUUGGACCCCUUCAGACCCAGCCUGCAGGGCCAAUGAUCAGAGAGGGUUAGGUGAUGGGGCAACACCUAGAGCAGGCACCCCCAAACUUGGCCCUCCAGAUGUUUUGGGACUACAACUCCCAUCAUCCCUAGCUAACAGGACCAGUGGUCAGGAAUGGUGGGAAUUGUAGUCCCAAAACAUCUGGAGGGCCAAGUUUGGGGAUGCCUGACCUAGGGGGACCACAGGCUACCCAUUUCUGCUUUAGAUGAUGAAUCUGCAAGCUCUGCAUUGUUUUGCCCCAGAAAACUUCUUUUUUUAACAAUAGGAAAUAAUUGUUGGUGCCUAUCUGGUCCAUUACCAUGUGUGCUACCUGGCUGGCUGAACGUAGAUCCCUUGGACUCCCAAACUGAGACUGGCCUAUUUAUUUUUUUAUCCCAACACCCUCAGUUGAAAAUUUAAACAGUUAUUCUUGUUUCUGGUGGUUACACUCAUACACUUUUGCUGGCCUGCCUUAAAGAAUAUGGGGAAGGGUUGUGGCUCAAUGCAUGCAGAAAGCACUAGGUUCAAUCCCUAGCAACUACAAAUAGGGCUGGGAAAGGACAGAGUCUGAAACUCCAGGGAGCAAUCUCUCUCUCUCUCUCUCUCUCUCUCUCUCUCUCUCUCUCUGUGUGUGUGUGUGUGUGUGUGUGUUGAUUUGAAUCAGGAAAAUAGGAUGGAAGAGUCAAUUUUCAUCACCUAGAGUAGCUUCACAUUCCUAAUCCAAAUUGCCUCUCUCCACUCUCCCACACGGCUCUUUUUAGUCCUAAAAAGAAUGUUAGAUCCAGCCAUAGAUCUCCCACAUCCUUUUCAUGGAUUUCCCACAGCUGAUUGAGUAUGGUUGGCUUACAACAGGGGGCUUUCCUUGCACUGGAAAUAUGCCAAUUUACAAUGCUAAGAAUCUUUCAGAAACAGCUUAGAACAGCAUCGUUCAUGCUGUGAUAUUCAUGGCUAGGUUGAAGGUUUUUGUGGCUGGGAAAUAUUAGCAAAUGAUUCUGUUUUGUCUUCACUUUUAUCAGCUAUCUCACAUUUCACGGCUGGUAUUGAUCAAAUAACGGUCAAAUCUACCAUCUAACUGCUGAGAGGGCUUUAAGGUUAGAUUUUUAGGUUGGCAAUGCACUCUUAUGCAUGUUUACUCAGAUUUGGGUCCCACAAUUUUCAGUGAGGCUUAUUCCCAGAUAUGUGCAUAGGAAUCCUAUUGCCCACCGAAGAACAUCCUGCUGACUUCAGUGGGACUUACUCCUAGGUAAGGGUGUACAGGAUUGCUGGCUAAAUGUUGUUUUGGCAUCCAUCUAUCUCAAGAGACAAUGGAGUGUGCCUCUAGGGUGAACUCAAACCACUGCAUUAGCAGCACCAAAGUGACCUCUUUGGGGUGCAAGCCCUGGUAGUGUGUAUGGAGGUUUUGGACUGACCAGACAACAAAAAAACCCCUCUCAACCUUGAUUUUGUGGUCCACAGAAAAGCAGAGCAAUACAUUUGGCACCAGCUUGGCUGCAGGAGUUGGUGGAAGAAGACAAACAAGUUCCCAUCCCACUGCCUUGGGGACUCCACUCCAGAUUUGUGUAGGGUUUACUCCUUAGCCUUUACUUCUCUUAAAGAUAUCCUGCCAGGCAGCAGAGAUUUAGGACCAGAGUUUUCUGCUCCUGGAUAGGCUACCUUCCUAGGCUGAUGAGCCCCAUUUCCCCUUCACUUCGUGCUACAACAUGUUCAGAAACUGACUUCUUGACCAUUGGACCCACUAUUGGUCUUGUCUGCUCAGUCUGCCAGAGUCUGUCUUCACGUGCAGGGAAGUCCCCAAUUUACCAAGAGUUUGAGAUGCACCAGCUACCCUCACCUGAUUUAGCCAGCCAGUAGAAGCCAUUCCCAGGGUGCAGCUGACAGCUUCUAGGAGCCACAGGUGAGAGCAGAGUGCAGGAUGGGGACCAAAGGUGGGCAAACUAUCCCAGAAGGAACAUGAUGUGUUGCCCACCAGAGAUGUUACACCUCCUCUAACACCCUAUACACCCCAAAGCUAAAUGUACUUCUUGUGCAAAGAAGGAAAUCAAGCAGAAAGGGGUAACAGGGCCAUGCUUUUGCCUUUGCCCCAUGGUGCAUGGCACCACAGCUGUGCCCUUGCUAUUUGCAUUGUAGUAUAUUUGAUCAGGCUUCCAGGAUUUGGGGAAGCUUUAAUGCUAGAGGCAGGAACUUUUUUCAGCCCUAAGGCCACAUUUCCUGUGGGGAACUUUCUGGGGGCAACAUGCCAGUAGUGGGCCCCUGCAGGGGCAACAGUGAGUGGGGCCAGAAACAAAAGUGGGUGGGAUAACAAGGGUGACUCUUUGUAGCCACACACAGAGCCUCUCCAUCCUCCAUCCUCCAUCCAGAGGCAUUAUCCUAGUUCAAGGAAACAUUUCAGCUGCUAAGAAAAACUUUGAAAAGGAUGUGGGGUAGGGCUGGCGUGAGAUGUAACCUGGGAAGGGUGUGGGGGGAAGCAUGUGGGUCUAGAAUGAGUCUUGAGAGCUGGACAAAGAGGCCUGGAGGGCUCCGUUUGACCCCAGGUCUGAGGUUCACUUUUUCAAAAGGUAAAUGUGUUUAGGCUUAUCCUGCAUCAGACAUUAAUGCUAAUGUGAAGGUGGCAGGGGCCAGACUAGAGUGUGGCCACACUCAGUUUCCUCCCCUGCAUAAGCCUUGUGACAAAAAACUUGCAAGUGUAACAAAAAAACUGAAGUUCACAGAAGAGAUAGAGAGCAGAAAAAGACACUGGCACAGAAACAAGUGUGAAAUUAUCUUAAAAGGCCACACAAACUCAGUGGUGCUAUCAGAGCAGGAUUUGAUGGUGUGAGGCAGAUGUCCAGAACCCCGCUCAACUGAAUGAGCAAGAGGGUCCCCAAAUGCCACAGGGCUGGCUUACCUCAUUUUGACGUAAGUGAAGCAAUACACACAACCGUCUCAAGAGAAGUGCUGCCUGGAAAACCCCAGCCUCUAAAAUGACUUGGCUGCAUGGGCGCAAUGUUCUUAAUGGAGUGGGCAUGUUGCAGUACUACUUGUCAGUUUUAUUUUAUUAAAGUUCUUAGAAAGGAUGGUGAAGAAAUUUGAUUUUGUUUACAUUUAAAGGCAAGCUUACUGAAUUCACACAUUCCAAAACAAUAUGUGAACUGAAACACAGGGGUCCUUCAAAAUUCAUUCGUCUCCAAAUAUUGCAAUGCAGUUCUCCAAAUGCAUAGCAUGUCGAAAAAUACAUGCAUGGGGGUGGAGAGAGAGUGUGCAUAAAAAUUAGUGAAAAGGGCAUACAGAAAUGCACUGUAUUAGGAUAAAUUGUUUGCUUGUUUGUUUGUUUAUCAACCACUCUUUAUCCUAAGAUCCCAGUGUGGGUUGCCGCAUUAAAAUGCAGUGUUAAAACAGUUUAAAACAACUUACAAUUACAAAAACAAGGUUUGGUCCUGAAAAUAUACACCUUAUGUCAAAAGUCAGGAUAAAGAGGUGCUUGUCUAACUGGCAAAAGUGCCUAUAAAAAUGUUUGUUUGUUUGUUUGUUUGUUUUUAUUAGAUUUUAUUGAUACCAUUCACAUUAACACACCAUACAAAAAAAGAAAAUAAAUUUCCAUCACAGCCAAAGCAAAAAGAAGAGAAUUAAUACAUCAACUAAUAACCUUCAAAACAUAAAAUAAGAGUGGUCUUUUUCUGUCGACCAGACUUCCCAUCUAUUCCUUAUGACAUAUUCUGUAUUAUUUGUUCACUGCCAUUGCAUAACUAGUUUUGUUCAAAUUUAAUAUCCUUUGAUUCAUUCAUAGGUUAAAUCAUAGAGCCUAGGGCUUGCCAAUCAGAAGAUCGGUGGUUCGAAUCCCCGCAACGGCGUGAGCUCCCGUUGCUCCAUCCCUGCUGCUGCCAACCUAGCAGUUCGAAUGCAUGCAGUGCAAGUAAAUAAAUAGGUACUUCCUAUGGGAAGGUAAAUGACGUUUCCGUGCACUGCUCUGGUUCGCCAGAAGCGGCUUAGUCAUGCUGGCCACAUGACCCAGAAGCUGUACGCCGGCUCCCUCGGCCAAUAAAGCGAGAUGAGCGCCACAACCCCAGAGUUGUCCACUACUGGACCUAAUGAUCAGGGGUCCCUUUACCUUUACCUUUAAUACUGCUACUGGAAUUAUUCGAACGCUGUGAAUGACCUUAGACUACAAUGAUUAUUUUUCAAGUAUAUGUUUAAAACUUCCCAUUUUGAGAUAAAGUUUUGGUUUAUUUUUUCUGACAUACUAUCUAAUUCCGCAUAGUCAGCCAAUUUUUGAAUCCAUUCUAAUCUUGAUGGGACUUUUCACUUUUCCAAUUUGCCGCAAUGAGGAUUCUUGCUGUUACCGUGGCAUGUAAGAAGAUCUCUUUAGCCUUUUUAGGAAUAUCCAAAUCUGUGAUUCCCAAAAGGAAAGCUUCUGGUUUCCUAUCUUUAACAUUUUUUCCAAUUCUAUGUGGAUGUCCUCCCAAAACACCUUGAUUUCUUUACACUGCCACCACAUAUGGAAUAGAGUACCUGGCUUUUCUUUACACCUCCAGCAGUUAUUUGGGACAUUUUUGAACAUCUUGGACAAUUUCCAGGGGGUUAAAUACCAACAAUGCUGUAUUUUAAGAAAAUUCUCUCUCAGAGAGUAACAGGCUGUAAAAUUCCAGUUUGUUUACCACAGGUUUUCCCACUGCUUCAUUGUUACUGAAUACCCAAAAUACUGUGACCACUUAAUCAUAGCCGCUGUAACCUCCUCCUCCUUGACUUCCCAGUCAAGGAGGAGUCGCUAUACUUUAGAAAGUGUUUUAAUUCUGGAGUUCACCAAAUCCAAUUCAAAUCUAGAGGUCUCAGUGGAAAAACCCUUUUGUUUGUCAAUUUUGAAUGUCUCAAAUAAUUGGUGAUAUUGAAACCAGUCAAAAAGGCACUCUCUUAUUUCCCCAAGCUUUUUAAUUUCAAUUGGUUAUUAUCCUCCUUUAGGAGUACUUUUUAUGUUGGCCAGGGUCCCUGGGUAUUUUUUCUCUUGACCGCCUUUGGCGUGAUCCACCAGGGAACCAUGGGUUCAAGCAGGUUUUUAUACUUCUCCCAAACCAUCAUUAAGGAUUUCCUAAUAACAGGGUUUAAAAAAUUCCUAUGAACUUCUGCUUUCCUUACGCUAAGUAUGCGUGCCAUCCCCAUCAAUUAUCAUAGCCCUCCAAAUCUAAGAGGUCUGGGUCCUGCAGUUUGUUGAUCAAUUUUCACAUUGAGAACAGUUUCUGGUUAAGUCCAGACCUAAAAAUGUUUAUAUUAGGAUAAAUUUGCACCAGAUAAAAUGCUGGUGAAUUUUCAUGAGGAAGUUUUGGGUGUUUUUCUUUGCAAGCUGAUACAGAAAUAUGGAGAAUUGGACGUAACCAGAAACUGUUCUCAAUGUGAAAAUGACUGAGGGCACCUCUCCAUGCUUUUAUGGCAUAGAUUUAUUGCCCAAUGCAUCUCAUAUCCAUCUCUUAUUAUCCCCUCUCCCCUCCCCCGGCUGGCUCCACCACAGUCCAAAUUUCAGUUAUAAAAGUUGGUGAACGUAGGGAGUUGUCUUCUUGGCUUAUAAAACUUCUUAAAGGGUGUGGUUUUGGGGAGGAGAGUGGAGGGAGAAGUUGCAGUCCAUGCCAAACCUUGGGAAAGAGUGAGUAACGACCUGAAUGAACGACUACAUUAUGUGCAGCUGCUUAAAGCAGCCUUCACUAGGUACGGAGGAGAGAUUUGAUUCAGCUCACAUUUCAAGGUGAAUCAUCUGAAUUUGCACUCUUUGAAACAUUAUCAGAACUAAAACACAGACAUCCUUCAAAAUUCAUACUUCUCCUAGGUUUGCAAUGCAAUUCUCCAACCAAACAAUAUUUACAAAAAUGCGUUUUAGAUGACAGUGUGCAUAAAAUAUAUUCAUGAAAGUAACAAACAAAACUGCAUUAUAUAACUUUCAAAAAGUUUACAUUAGUCAAAACAGCAUGCACAAAUAUGGAUAUUAGGAGAAAUAUGCACAAAAGUUUUGAUGAUUUUUUUUUUUAAUUCAAAAUGGCUGCAUAAAUGGGAAGAGUAGGAUUUAAUAUUGGUAGCUGAGACUGAUGGGAGUCCACCAUCAGAAAGGCCCCUUCCCUAAAAACUACACAUGGGAUCUCCAGGAAGAGUAAUGAGCUUUGCCUUCUAAAAUCUGAAGUACAUUAUUUCUCCACUUCCAGCCAGGUGGAAUUUGAACAAUUAAACCAGAUUAAUAGUUAUGGGCUAUGUUAGAAAUGCACUUUUGAGGAUUAUUUCAUUAACGCUUGAGCCAUUGCUGUCUCAGCUGGCCCCACAUUCUAGCCAACAGUAGCACAAGCCCAUCCAUAUUUACUCUGAAUUAGAGAAGGAAGGAUCUGCCAAACUAAGCAAAGGGCCUUCUAGGUGGUGGCACCCGCCCUGUGGAAUGCCCUCAAAUCAGAUGUCAAGGAAAUAAACAACUAUCUGACUUUUAGAAGACAUCUGAAGGCAGCCCUGUUUAGGGAAGUUUUUAAUGUUUGAUUUUUUAUCGUGUUUUUAAUAUUCUAUUGGGAGCUGCCCAGAGUGGCUGGGUAAACCCAGCCAGAUGGGCGGGUUAUUAUUAUUUCUGUUCUUUCAGUUUCUUGGUUUCUUAAAUGCCGUUCUCCAUAUUUCUGUAUCAGUUUGUGAAUUUUCAUUUAAAAUCUCAUGAAAAUUCAGCAGCAAUUUAGUGUGAAUUUUUCCUAAUAAAUUCAUAUUUGUCUGCAGCUUUGACUAAUGAACAUAUUUUUGCAAGCAGUGCUCCUUUACACAAUACAUUUUUGUAUAUUAUUUUCACUAAUAUAUGCAUUUGAUGCACACUUUCUCUUGAUAUAAGCAUUUAAAAAACAAUAACUUUUGUUGGUUAGAGAACUGCAUUGCAAAGUGUGCAUAAGUGUAAUUUUCAAAGGAUGGUUGUGUUUCACUUCUCAUGUUGUUUCAUAACGUGAUAAUUCGAUAAAUUCAUAUUUAAUAUGCAAACUGAAUGGAAAUUCUUUCCUGUGCCUCCGCUGAAGUAAAGUCCCCAGAUUUCAAUGAAAUUACUUCCAAGUAAGCAUGCAUAAGAUCUGCAGUAUUUAUUUUCAAUAAACUGGGGUCAAUGAAAAGGAAGUGGAUUUUUUUAAAAAAAAUACCCCCCCCCACAAGAACAACAAAACAACAACACCUCCACACAAACUGACUUACAUUUUGCUAGGCCAACCACUUCUGGCCCACUGGCAUUUUUGCACCUGGAGGAACUAUUGUGGGUACCAUGGAGACACCACAACAGUAUGCACACUGCAACCACAUGUGCACCACAAUCUCUCUCUCUCUCUCUCUCUCUCUCUCUCUCUCUCUCUCACACACACACACACACACACCAUCAGAAAUUAGGUUUCAUAAAUGUGUUUUAGCUACUACUACAGAGUAAAUUCAACUGAGCUAAAAGGUCUUAUUUCUAACAACACUUUGACGGUUAAAGCCGUAUUCUUGUGGAAAACCCAAAGCGGAAAGACAGGCAGGAGACCCUAUUCUUCAAGACACAUGAUAUGACUUAUUUCUGCCACUGUACAGAAAAAGCUACUAGUUACAAGUGCUGUGUUUACUGUUUUAAGACCUACGCCCACUUACUGGAGAAAGGAAGCCACAGACUGAGGAAGCUCUUAAAAAAAACCCUGUACAAACAAAGUUGGUCCACAGUGCAGAGAGUCUGUUUGACAAUUUAUAGGAAGGCUGCCUAAUAAAUCCAACAACCAUGGAACAGCUUAUGGUUUUCUUAGCAGAGAGAGGCGCAGAGAAAAACAGAUGCUGUGGCCACUUGUUAAUGUUCCUAAACCUAUACAUUUUCUCCACUCUGUGGGCACUCAGUUUAAACAUGCAUACUUAUCUGAAGGCAUAUGAUAAGGCAGGAGCAACCACCCUGUGCUCCUCUAGAUAUUGUUGGACUUCAACUCCCAUCAGCUUAGACAAGCAUGACCAAUGGUCAGAGAUGAUGGAAUUUGUGGUACCCAACAACACCUGUGCUAAAGUCAUCAUUGACAUGCCCAUCCUUCUGACAUUUAACGUGGAAGGAAGGGGUGUGGAUAAAAGAAAAAGGAAUGCAUAGGUAGGAAGUGGGAAAUCCUCCUCUGUCCCUCAACACAUCCUACUAUAGGGCGCUGCUCCAAGCAUUCCUCUCCCUUCUCAACUCCAGUACUGGAAUUGAAUGAGGAUUGGGGGGAAAGUACCUAAAUUCUAGGUCCUAGUACAAUGAACUGUGUGGAGGUAAGUUGUUAGUGGACAUGGGGAUCAGUGUACUUCUUACAUCUGCUCCUGUUCAGUUAAAACAGUAGGGAACCUGCAGCCUUAAUUAGCUCCUCUAGGGCUCCUUGUUUGGCCUGCCUGGUCAUUUUUGAAAAGCCACACCAAACUUCCCUAUAUCUGACAUCAUAUAUGGAAUCAGAUAUGAAACAAGUGAAGAUGUGGUUUGGCUGCAGAUGUUUUGCAAUCAGCCAAACACCAGCACCUGCAUAGUUCUGUGCAAUGCCCUACACACAGCACUUUGCAAUUCCUAAUAACGACCGGCUGGUUGUUGGUGGUUGCAAAAGCUCUGUGCAAUGCUCUUUGCAAGCAGCAAGCAGUUGACCAUUAAGGCUGGCACAGUGUCAUAUGUGACUUGUUUCCGAGCCCUAGUAAGCAGCUGUUUGCCUACCUGUAGGCAGCUGAUGCUAUUGUGACAUCAGGUGAUAGACAGGAGGGCAAACCUGCCCAUCUGUUGAACUUGGCCUGUGCAGGCUAGUGAAGGUAAGGAUCUGGCCUGCAGGCUGGAUACAGUUCACAUCUGUGCUAAAGGAAGCCCCUCCUACCUCACUUCAUUUCAUAUGUGAACAGGCUGAAUGCCCAGAGUGAAACAAGGGUCAGCAGGGUCAGCCCAAGACAUUAGGCUGCCUGAUGUACACAAUUCCAUGUACUGAAGCUGACCAAACUGGCAAGUGAAUCUUCCUUCAGCACUGACACUGAGACACCACCCUCUACCACACCUGAGGACAUGAGGCUAACUUUGGGGGUGCAGUGCCUGCCACAAGGCACACACAGCUCCAUCCCCACCCCUACACCUGCCACCUGCACCUGCCACCCGAGGCAGCUUCUUCACUCUGCCUAAAUGGUAGGGCCAAUCCUGUGUCAGCCACUGACACAACUACUUUGCCAGCAACCUACAUAUUCUAUUGAUCUUCUGGGCCAACCCUAAUUACAUUAGAAGCACUGAUUUAAUUCUCUAAGGAUGGAGAAAACCCAGAGUCCUUUUGUAAACUGCAUUAAGCUUUAUUUUCUCCAGAGAUAUCUUCAUGUAAAAUUGAAGCUGGAAAUCAGUUGUUGUUGUGUGUUUUUUACUGAAUUUAUGAGUGACUUAAUGAAAACAUAUGAACACACAACUAGGUGAGGAUUCAAAGGAAAAGUGAUGAAAGAGGCUAAGAGGGAAUGAGUUGAGCAAUUGCAGGAGACAAUAGCUGAGAAUUGGUUAUGUGCAAGAGUUAUUUCCGUGGGUGGAAACAGACCAGGAAUCAGUUAUUUUUGUUUACAGUGCAAAUAAGAUUUGCAGCAAUACAUAGAGGUGAAUAAAAUUGCAGCAAUAUCUAGGGACGCCCCUCCCAUUUUACCAAUUUAGUCUCAGGUUACCCCCCGCCAAAAACAGAGUUUCAUUUGUCCUUUCUGUGUGAAUCUGCAGGGGAGGGGGCACAUGUACUGCCAGUCAUUUUGCUGCAGAAUUCUGCACUAACUGCAGCUUCUGAAUCAAAUACAAGGGAAUCCCCACAUAAAGUUCAUUGCAGUAAUUCAGUCUUGAAUAAACCAAUGUAUGAUCUACUGUGGUCAAACUUUCCCUGGUCAGUAUGACUGAGUAUUAGUUCAAUGCUUUUUAAAGCAUUGUAAAUCAAAGCAAAGACAAUACUGUAUCUUUUUGCAAUAACGAAAACAGGAAACCUUACACUACUUGUUUUUGCUUCUGUUUUUUUUUUUUUAAACAGGGUAAAUAUUUCCAAAGAAGUGUCCCUUUCAUCUCACUUUGCCUCUAAUGGGAGUGCAGCUGUGCUGCUGCUGCAGAGCAUUAGUGCAACAGACAAUUGCACAGAACCCAGAAAAGAGUUCCAGCAUUCCCUUUAUGCAGCGACAUACACCAUCGUCUUCAUCCCAGGCCUCCUGACCAACAGCAUGGCCCUGUGGAUUUUAUGCCGCUUCAUCAGCAAGCAAAACAAAAACAUCAUCUUCAUGGUUAAUUUGGCCACUGCUGACCUCAUUCAAGUCCUUUCCUUGCCUCUGCGGAUAUAUUAUUACAUCAACUACAAGUGGCCAUUUGGAACCUUCCUCUGCCAGCUCUGCUUCUAUCUGAAGUAUCUUAACAUGUAUGCCAGCAUUUGCUUCCUUACGUGCAUCAGCGUUCAAAGGUACCUCUUCCUUCUCCAUCCAUUCAGGGCCAAAGGGUGGAAACGGAGGUACGACGUGGCCAUAUGUGUUGCUGUGUGGAUCUUUGUUGGAGCUGCUUGCUUGCCAUUUCCAUUGAUGAGAAGUUCAAACAGCAAUGAUACUUGCUUUACCGACCUUGGCGUCAAGAAAAUAGGCAGCCAUGUCAGCUCAGUCCUGUUGAUGCUGGUGGCUGAAAUUGUUGGGUUUUUGAUCCCUCUCGUCACCAUUGUCUACUGCACUUGGAAGACAAAAGCCUCCCUCCAAGAAUGCCAUAUCCCUCUGCAGAACACUACCGAGAAGCAGAAGGCACUCCGGAUGGUUGCUACGUGUGCAAUUGUCUUCUUCGUGUGUUUCACGCCAUAUCACAUUGUGUUUUUCUUCUAUAUGAUGGUGAAAGAGGACGUUAUCAGAGACUGCGCCGCACACUGGUUUAUCCUGCACCUGCACCCUUUCUGCUUAAGCCUUGCAAGUCUUAACUGCUGCUUAGAUCCAGUCCUAUAUUUCUUCACAACAUCAGAAUUCAAGGGUCAGGUGUCAAGACACAGCAGCUUGGCCAUCAGGAGUCGUCUGAUGAGCAGAGAAAGUGCUUCUUCUGUUAAGGAAUAAAGUAAGUUGGACUUCUGAUCAUUCAACGAGUCAUAGUCAGAAUCUGUAUACAGAGCCACAUGACUCAUCCAUCUCACUUUGUAUCAUCUUGUGCAGCCAGGAUUCCACGCAUAGAAUGGAGAGGACCGCCCUGGGCUCAAAAUUCUCAGGAGUGCACAAUUUCAACACCCGGUAUUGCCUCAAUACAGGUGAGCGCUUCUGUCUCUGGGGUCCAUUGAAAAUGAACUCUCCAUGUGAACCAGAAAGUGACCUCUCUAUACAACAGAACGACUCUUCUUUUUUUAUCUCUGUGGCUGCAAUCUCCUGGGUGACGCGGAUGCCCUUAUGUUGAAUGUGCAUGCAUACUCCGUUCAUUUGCCUCCCCUUCCCACCCCCACCCCCUCCACGUGGCCAUGAGAACUGGAAACUCACGCUACACCAUUGACAACAAGGGGGAGAGUGAAAGAGAAGAAGAUCCUACAAAACUUGACAGCGUCAUUUCAACAGGAAUGUCCCCAGUAUGUGAAAAGUGUGGGUGGGGCUAUGAUGUUGGGGGCACUCUGAAAUGAAGCCCAGUGUCUCAAGCAGGAAUCUUUAUUCCAACUCAUAUCUGGAGAUGCCAGUGACCGAACAUAUGUUCUGCUACUCAGCUAUGACGCUUUCCCUGAUAAUCAACACUGACUGGCAGCAGCAGCUCUCCAGGAUUACAGGCAGAGUUCUUUCUCAUUCCUACCCGGAGAGCUCAGGGAUUUAUUAUGGGUUUUUCUAUAUGCAAAGCUGAGGCUCCACCACUAGGCUGCAGCCCAUCGCCUGCUAACCCCCGUACAGCAGCUUCUGCAGUUCUGUGUGGGAGACUAGCUCAGCUGAUAGAGCAUGAGACUCUUAAUUUCAGGGUUGUGGGUUCAAGCCCCACAUUGGGCAAAAUAUUCCUACAUUGCAGGGGGUUGGACUAGAUGACCCUUGUGGUCCCUUCCAACUCUACAGUUCUAUGAUCUUAUGAUACUAUGACAUUUGGAGAAUAAAUAAGGUAGUCACCUAGUUAAAAAAAAGUAUGCCAGCCAAGGAGAUGCCCCUUUCCUCAGAAGCAAAUCCUACUGAUUUCCAUUGGGAAUGUUCCCUGUGAAACAUAUGCAUUUUAUUUGUAGAUUCGUUGAUUAUAUCUGCAUAAUUGUGUACACAAACAUGUACGUACAUGAAUAAAAUAACAGUUUUAAGGGAAAAA